AUGGGAGGUUUAGCUAAGAAGAUAACUCAUCAUCUGGUGACCCUGGUGCUGGUAAUAGUAUUGUGCACCACUAUUGUUGAAGGCACCAAACAUGUAAGCAUCAAGAACAGACUAGGAUCUGGGAGGAACAUGACCUUGCAUUGCCAGUCCAAAGAUAAUGAUCUGGGCAAACAAAACAUAGCAUACGGGGACGAAUUUGGAUGGGACUUCUCUGACAAUGUUGCUGGAACCACACUGUUUUUCUGUGAUUUGGGAUGGGAAAAUGUUGAGGAGUUCCAUUUUGAUGCGUAUUCCUUUGCCAGGGACAGGGUACGAUGUGGUGAUGCUGGAUGUUCAUGGCUAGUAUCGAUUGAAGGCAUUUAUGGCUUAAAUGAACAAACGGGGUACUGGGAAUUCAUGUACCAAUGGCCAAAUUGAGUGAUUUCAUGAAAUUCAGUGGUGCUUAUCCAUUCUAAA